AUGUCUGCAAGUAUUAAAGGAGUGAUCAGCAAGUUAGUUUCCAUCAACCAAUCUGCUUUUGUGCCUGGGAGAAACAUUCUAGAUAGGGUCCUACUGAUCAACGAGACUAUGGACAUGGCUAGAAGAGAGAAAAGGGGCUGUGUAGUUAUGAAGGUGGAUUUCGAAAAGGCGUAUGACUGUGUAAGUUGGGAUUUCUUGCGUUUCAUGUUGGUAAAAAUGGGGUUUGGUCUUAAAUGGCUAAGCUGGAUGGAAAGUUGCAUAUUUUCAAGUCAUACUUCUAUUAUCAUAAAUGGUAGCACAACAAAGGAUUUCAGAGUGGAGAAAGGAUUACGGCAAGGAGAUCCAAUAUCUCCUUUUCUAUUCGUCUUAGUUACUGAGGCAUUAACGAGUCUAAUGAAGAAGGCGGUGGAAAUUUGA